AUGCAAUUGUAUGCAUCCAAAGGAGAGCUGGAGACCCUGCAGAUUACAUUCCUACCAUUUAUAGGAAGAAGACUUACCAGACUUACUACAACCUUAUCAUCUACCCAAACCAAUGGCCAAAAUUUAUGGGAAGAUACCCCAUCUCCCAACAUACUUCCACCAUCAUCAAGAAGAGCACCAGGGAGGCCUAAGAGAAGAAGGAACAAAGAUGUUGAUGAAAAGAGAAAAGAUACAACAAUUGUUAGCAGGAGAGGGCUUCCAAAUAAAUGCUUAAUUUGUGGUAAAUCUUGCCACAACAAAGCCUCUUGCCCAACUGCUCCAAAAAAAACUGCACAAUCCCAAUCUGCACCAUCUCAAACACAACCAUCACAAACACAACCAUCACAGACACAUCCAUCACAACCACGACCAUCCAAUGCAUAA